AUGAACCAGCCUUCGGAAACUGUUGUGAUCUCAAUAAGAAUCGAUGGCGCCAGCGCGUACGACCCCGACGCCGGGGUCGACGCCAUCGCAACAACGAUCCCCAGCUUUUGCCGCGGCUGCAACGCCUCGACUGCGCACAACGACAUCCCCGCGAUCCAACGCGCAUGGAGGAAAUUUGAGGAGGUCGAGUCCAGCGCGUCCUGGGAGGAGAUCAUCGUCAAAGGGGGCAUCGGGCCUUGGGACCGGAUCAAAGCCGCCAGGGACGCGGCGGACACGGAGGUUGUGAGGGCCGAAGCCCACGUUGAAGAACUUACCAAGGCCCUGGAGAUUGCAAGGAGCAAGAGGGAAUGCGCUGUGGAACGCUUGAAGGGAGCCGAUGAUUACCUUGAGAAGGUCGUCGGGACGGUCGCAAGCGACAGCGGGCGCCUGGAGGAAAAGUUUGCAGAAAUGACAUCUGGCGGCAUCGACUUGUACAACCUUUGGGGAUCUUGUCCCACAGGAAUGCCGUAUAAGAUGAUCGACAGAAUCGAUAAACGGCUGCAUGAUAAGCAUUCCGGAAACAACCAGGAUAGGAGGAGAGGGAAGGGCAAAAACAACAAAAAGCGUCGCAACGACUCCAGAGCACAGCCUUACCCAACGCCGGCAAAGCAGCACCGUGGCACUAAACAAGGGGCUGCUAUGCGCUCGGAGCUUCCUAAACAGGCGGAAUCUACAACGAAUGUCAAGCGAGAGGUUGCGGAAGAGCCAACGACAUCCGUUGGCAAUCAAAGUAAGCCUAGCACAACAAGUAGCGGGCCUGUGCAACAUCUCCAAACGUUGGUCAAGCAAGAAGACGCCCAGCUUGACCAGAUACCAUUCAAGACCGAGACGAGGGCGCAGCCCUUGGAAGAAAUGGGUUCAAGCGGCCUCUCAUGCGAGUCGGAGUUCCAGAGGGCUGAUGAGAGCCACCUACGGCACACCGCUGGAGGAGCAAAUCAAACGAGCAAUGGCAUCGACGACGGGGGGGCUGAUGGAAUUUACAGGAGCGAACCCGGAGAGGCCGACGUGGAGAGUUGA